UUCGUAACGUAACCUAAGCAUAGAAUUGGGUAGAUUCGACCCGGAGCCGGCCCAUCGUACACAUGCUUGGUUGCACGUGCCCGCUGUCCGCUUGCCCUCGUAUCUAUCAAUCCACCCAUCUAUCAGACGUUGUUCGGCCUUCUUAAAAUAUAUAGAAAUCCAAUCCCACCGUCGGCCGGCGAAUUAUCCCUCCGAUCACCCUCCGGUCUGAUCCAUGACGUUGUCAGACGAAGAAGAUGAGUUUUUGGCGAAUUUCCUUGAAUCCGAGCUCUCCGAUGAGGAGGAGCCGGAAGCCAAGCGAUUGCGCGUUGUGAAGGAAGAUGAGGAAAAGGAGAAAGAAGGCAAAGGAGAUGGGGCUUCUUCGAAUAUGAAUCCGAAUCCGAAUCCGGGCCAAGUGAAGAACAAUAAUAAUUGGAACAAUCCUAGGAGGAUUGAGAGUGGUACUUUCAGCAAGAUUCCACCUGAGUUAUUUACUCAAAUCCUCAAAUUCCUCUCAUCCGAGGAUCUUGUAUCGUGCUCGAUGGUGUGUAGUUUCCUGAAUUAUGCCGCAUCUGACGAAUCCUUAUGGCGCCGACUGUAUUGUAUGCGAUGGGGUUUGUUGCCUCCAACAAAAAUACGGGAAUGUCCUUGGAAGAAGCUUUAUAUUCAGCGUGAUGAAGAGGACAUGAUUGAACUUGUUAGGAACUGUCCAUCUGAAUUUAAAGAAUACUACAUUCAAAUGCAAUCAGCUAAAAGAAGCCAAGCACCUCUUCCUUCUCAGGUGAAGGAUGACUCAAUAAUUCUUGACAAGACAGUUGCUGAUCGAGUAUCUAUCUGGAAAAGUAGUCGCGGCCUGACUGAUAAGGUUGUCACUGACCAUGCUUGUUCUGGAGAAACAUGUACCUACUACCAAAUAGGGGAUGUAUUUGUUUGUGAGAAGACUGGGCAGGUUCAUGUAUGUGACGAUACUUGUCGAGAAGUCAUUUUGGAUCCCAACAAUGAGCUUUUGGUCUGCACAAUUUCAGGCCACUGUUUUGAUAGGUUACUGUCACCAUCCGAAAUGGAAUUGGAUGCUGAACAGCAGCAAGCUGGUGGCACAGAUGAAGCAGAACCAUUCUUGGGAUCUGGUCGCUUUGCACGAGCUUACUUAUUAGGAUACAACUGCGAGGAUGAAAAGGAGCUGGAAGCUGCUUUGAGGUUUUGUUGAUCCAAAUCUUUUAUUACUUUCUUUUAGGUGGGUAUUAGUAAAUGUCUCAGUUUGAGAUUGAUAUGUGGAUGCUCUUAAGUUUUUCUUUUAUUGAUUCUAUAGUUGUACAAGAUAGAUAAUUAUAGUUGAUAAUGUAUUUACUAUCAUGUAAAAAAAAACCCGUCCCCGGCUUGUUCGUUUAUUGUGCACAAUGGCGCUGAUUGGAAUGAAUCAAGGUAUAACCAUAGGUGUCCUUAUCCA